UGUUUUAAGGUAAAAUGUAUUGAGCAAACCAAAAGAUUACUUUCAUUGAAACAUUUACAAGUCUGUUUUGUUAACGUUAAAAACAUUAAGCUAUAAAAUAAGGCUUUGAUGCCCAGAAAGGUAGGCCCAAUACGUUGGAAUAAUUUUUCUAAAUGAGGCCCACCACCGAGUGUAUUAAGCCUUUUUUUCACACGCACGUUAUAAAUCUUUGGCAGUGAGUGAAGUGUUAAGGGAGUGGAAACCCUACAUUCCUUUGAAUUCGAAUCUCCAAGUAGAAUCCGAAGCUGAUCCACUGCGAUUUUCGUCUCGAUAGUUCAGGCAAUGUCGCCUCCAGAAAGGAAGAGGAAGAAGACGAAGCAGUCACUGGUGCUCGAACCGACGCCGGAAUCGACUCCAAUUACGUCACUUCCUGAUGAUUUGGUAGUGAGUUGCUUAGCCCGCGUCUCUCGAUUGCAAUACCCGACUCUCUCGCUCGUCUCCAAGAGCUUUCGAUCUCUCCUUGCUUCGCCGCAUCUUUACGAGACUCGGUCAUCUUUAGGCCGCACAGAGAGUUGUCUCUAUGUAUGCAUACGCUUCCCUGAUGAGACUAUCCCUCGCUGGUUCACCCUCUGCCAGAAACCUAAGAAGAAGAAUAAGAGGACGAAGAAGGCAAGUGGGUAUGUUUUAGCUAAACUCCCAACUCCUCCUUCUCGCUCUGCGCACUGGUCUGGUCUCGUGGCCGUUGGUUCGGAUAUCUACAACAUUGGCGGACCCAUAGACGAAGCCGACGAGCCCUCCUCUAGCGUCUCAAUCCUGGACUGUCGGUCAAACACGUGGCGCGAGGCCCACGCCAAUGUGAUUGAUGGAAAGAUAUACGUAGCCGGAGACUUGGGAGCUUGUAACGUGCUUUACUAUUAUAAAGAGCGGGGAGAGAUCAAAUGGUAUGACUGGAGAGCUUUGAAGGGUGUGAAAGGACUUGAUAAGAUCCCGCCUUGUACUGUUACAUUGGCGGAUUUUGGUGGUAAGAUGGCUGUUUUGUGGGAUAGGGAUGUGGCUUCCACUGGUGGUGACAAGAUGAUUUGGUGCGCUGUGAUUGCGCUUGAAAGGCGCAACGAUGAAGAUAUUUGGGGCAAGGUCGAGUGGAGUGACACUGUGCUUGAAGUCCCCGAGUCAUGUAUAAUUAUCCGUGUUCUUGCUGCUACCCUUUGAUCACCGCUGAUGAACUUGGAGAAAAUUCUCUCUUAUUAUAAAAAAAAAAUCAAAUGACUUAUUUCCCUU